AAUAAAAAUGUUGUGUUUAUGUUCUUUUAUCGUCUAUUUCUCAAGUCUGUAUGUUUAUUUUAUAACAUUUUUGCUGUGAAGAAGUUACAUGUUAUUUCUGCAGACACACAUUCACAGUUUUGAGAACUAUAAAACCAAGAAUAUGUGAUAAUCAGUGUUCCCUCUAAGGGCACAUUAGUUGCUAACUUCAUUGGGAGUGAAAGUGUAAUAUAUGCUGCAAAGUGGGAGCAUCUUCUGGUCCCCAGUGUUCAGUGGAAAAUGCAGGAUGUCAGACAGGUAUCGAUUGCAGUUGUGAGAUUCAGAUGUUUGAUUCCUGUAUCAUGGUUGCACUAAGUAUUAUGUCAAAGUUUUAUUCUAAUAAUAUUAAAAGCAGGAACUUAUUCCCUGUGUUACCCCAGCACUGAUUCUUGCUCUCCUCGGAGUGUGUCACUCUGUUUUCUGCUGCGGUCUCUUACCCCCACCCAUCUGUCUGCAUUCUCCUACUGUAAACACUGCAGGCGCAGGCUGCAGUCUUUCUCAUUUCUCCAUCUAGCCUCUUAUGUACCUUACUUGCUUUCACUCUCUCACCUUCUGUUGUCUUGUUUUCAGCCUCCACCUGCUCUCAGUUUUUCUGUUACUAUCCUCAUUUGCCUGCUGUCCCACUCCUGUCUGUGUUUGGUCUUUUGCUGCCCUCACACUCUGACCUACUCUCCUCUUCUGUCUGCACUUUAUUGUUUUGCCUGCCUGCUGCCCACUCCUGGCUGCUUAGUCACUUACUGUCCCCAUUCUUGUCUGCUGCCUGCAUCUGCUGUCACUCCUGCCUGUCUCUUGCUCGCUUGCUUCUGUCUGCAUCCAGUCCCUAACCCCUUCAUGUCUGCAAUCUUUUUGCUUUCAUUGUAUGACACUUUUUAUUUUUAUUAUUAUCUACAACUUGCCUCAUCCUGCAGACUAUACUUUGCCCACCUGAAUGCUCUCUACUUGUUUCCCUCUGCAAGUUUGACUAGCUGCUAGUAAUAUUUGUUAGACUUUUUUUAAUCUCAACAGAUUGUGAUUUCUGUGUCUCUCUCACUCUUUCUCUCACCCUGCUUUCUGCUUCCUCUAUUACUCUCUGUUAUAUGUUAUUCUCGAACUGUCAAUUGGUCUCUACUUACACUCUCAUCAACCAUUCUUCCUCUCUCCUUUCUUAUCCCUCCAGUCUCCCCCUCCCUGGUGUGACACUGUUGCCUGUGUUAUUCCUGAGCUGUCCUUAUCCCCAGAGCUCUCUCCUCUGUCCCCCUCCUCUCUCCCUCGCUCUCUCUCCUGUCUAUUUAUAUCUAGCUCCUCCUCUCCUGUUCUAUUUCAGUCGCUGCUGCAGAGCCUUCCACUUGCAGCCCAGCGAUCACAGGCAAGGAGGGGGGUGCAUUUCACAGGCCUAAAUAAACCUCUCCCUAUUUCCCAGAGCUGGGCACAGACUGUCAAAUGACAUGGGAUUGCUCCCCUUUUGUUAAGAGUGGAGGAGUUAUUGGGAGGAGGGUACAGCUAGGGGGGAGGGAAGAGAGGUUGGCUGGUUGUUGGUGACGGGCAAUAGAGGGGGAGCCCGGGAAUGUUGCUGGUACCAGGGGCUCUGGCACUGCCCGACAUGCUGCAGACUAUAUAUGAGACAGAACCCUGUGUGUCCUCUGCAGAUGGGGUAAAGGGGAGAGAACCGGCACUGGAGUUAUUGAGUCGAACACAGGGACCCUCAAUGCCUGCAGCAGGAGUUGAGGUCACUCCAUUGCUUUCUUCGUCAUUGCCCUCUCCCAGCAGCCUUCCUGCCAGUCCUGGGGAGCUGAGGCCAGAGCCACGGACUGUAGUUAGCCCUGGUGGGACCCUGGACACCGCAAGCCGGGAGCAGCAGCUCCAGCAGCAACUUCUUCUCCUCAAGCAGCAGCAGCAGCUCCAGAAACAACUCCUUUUUGCAGAGUUUCAGAAACAACAUGAAAACUUAACACGACAACAUGAAGUACAAAUCCAGAAACAUCUUAAGCAACAGCAGGAGAUCCUGGCCGCCAAGAGGCAACAGGAGCUGGAACAGCAAAGAAAACGAGAACGGCAGAGACAAGAGGAGGCUGAGAAACUGAGACUUGAGCAGCAGCUUCUGAUACUGAGAAACAAGGAGAAGAGCAAAGAGAGUGCCAUCGCAAGCACAGAGGUGAAGCUGAAACUUCAGGAAUUCUUGCUUAGUAAAUCGAAGGAGGUGGUUGCAGGAGGACUGAACCAUUCCAUCUUGCAGCACCCGAAGUGCUGGGGCACCCACCAUACCUCACUGGACCACAGUUCUCCUCCUCAGACUGGGUCACCAGGAACACCGCCAUUAUAUAAGCUGCCUCUCCUUGGAACAUGUGAUGGACGUGACGACUUUCCUCUCCGCAAGACUGCCUCUGAACCCAACUUGAAGGUUCGUUCUCGGUUAAAGCAGAAAGUUGCAGAGCGACGCAGUAGCCCACUGCUCCGAAGGAAAGAUGGGACAGUCAUUAGUGCAUUCAAGAAGAGAGCCAUUGAAAUCCAAGUGUCCUCAGUAUGCAACAGUGCCCCAGGCUCUGGGCCAAGCUCCCCAAACAGCUCCAACAGUGCCAUCUGUGAGAACGGCCUGACCGGGAGUGUCCCUAACAUCCCCAGUGAGAUGCUUCCCCAACAGAGAGUUCUCACCCUGGACAGUUCAGGUGGACCUCUAGGACUAUACACCUCUCCCUCACUGCCUAACAUCUGUCUGCAGGGGAAUGCCAGCAGCCUCAGUGGCCAGUUCUCUCCACAAGAAGUUGCCGAGCGUCAGAACCUGCGCACUGGAGGUCCCUUUCUUAGUAACGCAUCACUAGACGGGGCAGAGAUGAGCAGCCUGGGAGCCCCUUCGCUAUUACAGCACGUACUUCUUUUAGAACAAGCACGACAACAGAGUACCCUCAUCACAGUUCCCUUGCACGGUCAGUCUCCGCUGGUGGGUGGGGAGCGUGUGUCUGGCUCCCUUCGUUCACUCACCAAAGGUCACCGGCACCGGCCCCUAAGUCGCACACAGUCCUCUCCACUUCCCCAAAGUCCCCAGGCUCUCCAGCAACUGAUCCUUCAGCACCAGCACUAUCUUGACCAGCAGCAGCUCAGUAAGGCCGGGGAGGUCAUCCACCAGCCACCAACCCAUCCAGAAGAGACUGAAGAGGAGCUGACGGAGCAGGAGGGGGGAGAGCGGUGCCGUGCCGUUUUUACUCUUGAUGGGGAAACAGAAAGUGAGGGAACACAGGAAGAGGAGGAGGGAGAUGAGGAGGAGGAAGAAAGAGAGGAGGGACGGACCAAUGGUGCAGAGCAUGCACUCAAAAAGCUGUUUCCAGAUGCUGUACCCCUGUAUCAGGGCUCUAUCCCACACACAGCUCUCAGUCGCACCCAAUCCUCGCCCGCUGCCCCUCUCUCUACAUGCAGCACGGAGCCACGUCGCAGGACGCUCUGCACCACAGGCUUGGUGUAUGACACUCUCAUGCUGAAACACCAGUGCACAUGUGGUGAUACCAAUAACCAUCCAGAACAUGCUGGGAGGAUCCAGAGUAUCUGGUCACGUUUGCAAGAGACAGGCCUGUUGGGCAAAUGUCAGCGUGUACGAGGCAGGAAAGCAACACUUGAUGAGAUUCAGACAGUCCACACGGAGCAGCAUACGUUGCUAUAUGGGACCAGCCCACAGAGCCGUCACAAGCUGGAAAGCAAGAGCUUAUUGGGUCCGCUUUCUCAGAAGCUAUAUGCUGUUCUUCCCUGUGGAGGUAUUGGGGUGGACAGUGACACGGUGUGGAAUGAGUUGCACUCUCCUCCUGCUGUGCGGACUGCUGUGGGCUCUCUUCUAGAGUUAGUUUUUAAAGUGGCCUCUGGAGAGCUUAAGAAUGGUUUUGCAGUUAUUCGGCCCCCUGGACACCAUGCUGAGGAAUCAGUUGCUAUGGGUUUCUGUUUUUUUAACUCUGUAGCUAUUGCUGCCAAAUUGCUCCGUCAGAAGCUGAAUGUGGGACGGAUCCUAAUUGUGGACUGGGAUAUUCACCAUGGUAAUGGCACUCAACAAGCCUUUUAUAAUGACCCAGAUGUGCUGUACAUGUCUCUCCACCGUUACGAUGAUGGCAACUUUUUCCCUGGCAGUGGUUCCCCAGAAGAGGUGGGUUCUGGCUGUGGAGUGGGGUUUAACGUUAACAUUGCAUGGACGGGUGGAGUGGACCCUCCUGUGGGAGAUGCUGAGUAUCUAGCUGCCUUCAGGAUGGUGGUAAUGCCAAUAGCUCAGGAGUUUUCCCCAGACAUUAUUCUGGUGUCAGCUGGGUUUGACGCUGUGGAAGGCCAUCAAAGCCCACUAGGAGGCUACUCUGUUACAGCCAAGUGUUUUGGACACCUCACUAAGCAAUUAAUGACUUUAGCUGGAGGACGGGUGGUGUUGGCAUUGGAAGGUGGUCAUGAUCUGACUGCUAUUUGUGAUGCCUCAGAAGCGUGCGUGUCUGCACUUCUUGGGAUGGAGCCUGCACCCAUAGAUAACAGUGUUCUUCAACAAAGACCCAGUGAAAAUGCAGUCGCAACCCUGGAAAAAGUCAUUGCAAUACAAAGUAAACAUUGGAGUUCUCUGAAGAGCUUUGCUUUGGGCCUUUCCAUUGUAGAAGUGCAACAGGGAGAGGUGGAGGAAGCAGAAGCCGUCAGUGCGUUGGCAUCAUUAUCAGUAGAUACAGAGCAGGGCAACACAGAUUCUAACUCCAGAACCCAAGAAGAGCCAAUGGAAGAUGAGCCGGUUCCAUGAAUACCAUUGGAUCCUCUCUCCACCUCUAUCCUUUUUUUAUUUUCUUUUAUUAGUUUUUUGUUAUGGUGAUCGGUUUAUUUUUUCUAUUAAAAUCAGAAAUAGACAAAAAAAAAAAAAAAAAGAAAACAAAAUCCACAAGACAAUAAAUGGGUCCGAUGUCCUGUGUCCCAACGGCCGAGGCUUGCACACCCGUCCCCUUCCCGGGACCACUCACCUGGCCUGCUUACCCCUCUCUGCUGCUGUUCUGAGUCUGGUCUCUCUUAUAUAUCCCUUUAUGGGUUAAAUGACACUAUGUGCUAAUGUCAAAGAAUUGUUUUUUUGUGCCUCACACAACACUAUCAUUCUGUAAAGAUUUGUGUGUACAUUUGCACACGUGCAUUUCUGACCAUAGCUAUUUAAAUUAUAAUUAAUAUUUAAUAAUUCUAAUUGUGUGUAUGUAUAUAUUCAUUAUAAAUGUAUACAUAAACACAACUUGUAUUGCUAUAGCACUUAAUUCUUCAAAUAAGUUACACAAUGACAAAGUUUAUAUUUGAUGACACUACACAGACAUUUAUAUAUAAAUAUAUAUAUAUAUAUUUAUAUAUAAGACGUGUAUAUACAAGCAGAGCUGGCAAUUUCCACUAGGCUUUCACCUGUUUUUAAGAGACAUUUUUAAAAGAAUACAUGAGUUAAGGGAAAAUAGUUUCUAUGAAAACAUUUAAUUUCUUACGUAUCCUCAACUAGUGGAAAUUUCCAGCCAUGUAUCUGUUAUAUAUAUGAAAUAACACACACAAUAGUUGAAGAGGCAAUCCCACUAAGGACCAAAUAAAAGGAAUACAAAUCCUUGAGAGGGGUGUAUUAAAGUAAUUAAUUAAUUUGUUUCAUGUUUAUUUUAAUUUAGCUUCAAACCCAUUGUUUUUAUCUUUAUUUGUAGCAGACAGAAGAUUCUCAUAUUCAGGCAUUCUGUCUCUGCUGUCCAGAUAUUUUUGCUUUUUUCACAAUAUAACAAUGUGUUAAGUGUAUUGAAAAACACAAGAUUGCUAAGUGGGACUGCCCCUUCAUAUUCAACAUUAAUUGUGCUACAAUUUGGAUUAAAAAAGCCAGAUAGAAAAGAACAAAUACGGAGAGCUCAUUUGCAGCCUUGAAUCCUUCUUUAAAAUGUUGAGAUCUGUUAAUAGCAUUUACUUUAUACAGAUUAUAAUUCCAUUAUGUAGUAAAGUUUUUUGCACAGGAUUUUUGUAGUCAGUGGCCUGAUGUAGAGUCACACACUAAAAACUCUGCGACUCAUUAUAACCUACUCCCCAUGGUUUGUUUUUAAAUCUGUCUCACUACUUUCCAAUGCUGACCUGUUAGCACAUGUGCAGCAACUCACAUUCAGAUAACUGCAGUGUAACCUAAGUUCCAAUAUGGCAGCACCCAUGAUUACAGUGUGGUGCAUGAAAUAUAUUUAUUGUUCACUGUCCCUUUAAUUAUAGUUUAUGCUUAGAAAAAAGAAAGUGGUCUUACAUGUAUUUUAUUUUUAAAAUGCCAUAGACCCAAAUCUUCCGUCUGAUCCAUUCUGCUCUAGUGCAAGUUUUGUAACAGCCACUAAAACAUUUUACUUAAAUGAUCUGUUAACCCUUUGGUUCCCACUUAGAAUUGUAAUGCAUUGCUAUGCAAAGUGUUGUUGCCUUCUUUGGUAUUCAGGAAGAUACAAUACAUAAUUAUGAAGCCUUCUCCAACUCUAAAUAAGGUCUCAAGCUUACUUUCCCUAUUAAAGGACGCCAGUUGUAACCAGAUUUUACUUACAACGAAUGGCAAUUUAUUUAGAGAUUUACUGAAUUUUAAUAUCUCCUGUUAGUCCUCCUGUCUUAUUUACAUCCCCUGUAGUUUGGAAUUGUCCAUAUAUUUGAAAUCAGUUCAAACUUAUGUUUUGUUAACAGAUUCUCAGCACUUUUUAAAAGGAAAUUGGUUACAAAUGUUUGCUCUCCUUUUUGCUCCUUAUAAAUGCUGUAUGUUUCAGAAAGGUGUAAAAUGGGAUCGGAUGUGGGUUGGUUCACCAUAAAAAUUAUGUCUUAAGGCUUCAACUCCCUCUCACCAUCACGUGCAGUGGACUUGUGCAACUGUCUCGUAAUUUGUUGUGUAAAUAAAUAUAUAUAUUUUUUUCUAAAUUAAUAAAAAACCUCACAUGUUGUUCGGCAGUAUUACGUGCAGAGUUUAGGGGCUCUGGGCGGACUUCCUGAAAAGAUGGUUCGCUAUAAAAAUCCCUUUUGUGUGUGUCUGUGUCUCCCUCACAUGCUGUGGGUAUGAAUUUUCAUCCGAGUAUUUUGUAAUAUGUCCUGUUUGUCCUUGUAUAAAUAAAAAUGUGCUCAGACUUGCA